AUGGCUUCAAGUCCCGAGCCCAAGGAUUUUGCCGAGGAUUCCUUCGAAGAUGUCAGCGAGGAGAGAACCCAGACUCCUCCACCGUCACUACCACAAAGCUCUUCCACCCGGUCUCUGACCGACCGUCGCCUCUCCAAUGGAUCCGUCACCACUCCUCGCGCCGAGAAUGCUCCUCCCCUGCCCUCCGCGCCGGUUGAUAGUGAUAGCGAGGACUCCGUAGACGACAACUCCCCUCUCCAUUCGGAGGUGGAGGAUACCCCGAAGAGAACAAAGUAUCAAAAGUCACCACUGCUCACUGCCCACCGCCUAUCGACGACUUCGCUGGACGAGGUCAAUCUGGCAGGCAAUAAGGAUGAAGAGAAAUCGCCUGGUGCGUCUAGCCCAGAAUCCCAGUCACACUCUGCGUCCCCCGACAUAGGUUCGCCCGAUUCGACUACCGCAAAGCAAAGCGUAUCGUCGACCUUCAUGUCUAGCCUGUCUUCAGUGCCAUGGCCUGCAGCCGCAAAGCCAACUGCGCCCCCGGCCGUUCCUCCCGCUCAACCCGCGCCGCCUGCACCACCCGGCCGCAAACUCACAAGUCCCUUUGCAUGGCUGUCGAGGGCGAGCACAUCAGGAAAGGACCCUAGGUCUCCUCCAGUCGGUUCAACAGACACCCGAAGGAACACUGCUGCAUCAGUCUCGACCCUCAACACUUUCGACGAGGGCGACAGUCUGAGCAUCGGCUCACGAAAACCAGGCCUCAGAGAUCAAUUCAAGCUCCUUCGUUUGCGCGAAGAAGGCCCAGAUGUCGACCAAGCGAGUAUUGCUUCCGGCCAGGCCUCCGUCAGCCAAGGCGCGGGUACUCCCACCGAAGAGCACAAGGAUAACAUUUCCGUCUCUUCGCCUGCUGUUGCAGCAUCUGGCUCAUUUCCAGCAGUCAACCCCAAUUUGGCCCCGGGAACAGUUUCGGGAAUAUCGACAUCUGCAACAGAUGCAGCUGUCCCUGUAGACUGGGAGCUAUGGGAGAACAUUGUGAAUAAUGGACCUGAGGCUUUAACGGGUGCUAAUUCAGACGAGCUCAAUGCGGCAAUCAAGCGAGGUAUUCCUCAGACCAUUAGAGGCGUCAUAUGGCAAGUCUUGGCCGACAGUCACAAUCCUGAACUCGAAGAAAUGUACAGGGACCUCGUGGCUCGAGGCACAAACAAGGAACGACACAUCAGCGUGAACGGGACCCAAAGCAGUAUUCACUCAGAGAAAGCAUCUGUAGCCUCUUCGCGCUCCUCCAUUCGCUCGGACCAUUCUAUUUCUCCGUCCCUGUCCAGCCAUGUGACGCCCUCCUCGAGUCCAGAUGCAGAGAAAGCUAUCAAGGAUCAAUUGGCAGCGGAAGUGGCUCGUAAGAAAAAGGCAAAGGAAGAUGUGGAGGCAAUCCGGAAGCUAGAGAAGGCCAUACGAAGAGACCUGGGCUCUCGAACAAGCUACUCUAAAUAUUUUGUCUCGCAAGGCAGCCAGGAAGCCCUCUUCGGCUUAUGCAAGGCUUACGCGCUAUACGACGAAGCUGUCGGCUAUGCACAGGGCAUAAAUUUCAUUGCCAUGCCCCUACUUUUCAACAUGGAUGAAGCCGAGGCAUUUGGCCUUCUCGUCAAGCUGAUGAACAAGUAUGGCUUACGAGACAUGUUUAUCCAAGAUAUGCCUGGUUUGCACCUUCAUUUGUUUCAGUUCGAACGGCUUCUCGAGGAUCUUGAGCCGGCAUUAUAUUGCCAUCUUCGCCGACGCGGAUUGAGCCCCCAGUUAUAUGCCACCCAGUGGUUCUUGACGCUAUUUGCAUACCGAUUCCCUCUUCAGCUCGUCCUUCGGAUUUACGAUCUUAUUUUCGAAGAGGGCUUGGAAAGUACUAUCCUUCGCUUUGGCGUGGCCAUUAUGCGUCGAAAUUCCGAAGCCUUGCUCGGUAUGAAAGAUAUUACCAGCCUGUCUCAGUUUGUCAAAGAAAAACUCUUCGACGUCUAUAUUGAUCAGCAACCUUCGGCCAGCUCUAUAUUGGAGUCCGGCUUCUUUGGAAGUUCCGGUGGCAGCGAAAAGGAGGUCUAUCGAUCUGAUCUCAUGGUACAAGAUGCUUGUGAGAUACCUCUAACUCCCGAGCUUAUCCGGUCAUAUACCACCGAAUGGGAAGAGAAAACCCGUGUGGAAAGGGAGAGAGAGCAGGAGCUUGAAGGAUUGAGACACACAGCCACUUCACAAGCUGCACGGAUAAGAUCGUUAGAAGAGCAUGCUGAGAAAUCCGAUCAAGAGCAUGUUCAGCUGGCUUCUGAACUGGUACGGAUGAAGGUUGAGAAUGAGGAGUUAUCGGACGCCAACGAGAGCCUGCAAGUUCAAGUGCAGGAACUGAAGAUUGUAGUUGACAAGCAGCCUGCUGAGGUUGAAGAAAAACUACAGACCGAAAUGGAACGGAUCAUGAAACGAAACAUGGAGGUUCAAAAUGAGAACCGGAAUAUGGAGGAACAGAUGUCAGACAUGGAAAGGGACCUUGUCGAUACGAAGAUGAAAUGGGCAGAGCUAUCGGAAAAUCACGAAGGUCUAAAACAGAAAUGGGCGGACCUGCGCAAAGCACUGGAUGGAUAG